GAACAGUUUUUGAUAAUUCGUUGAAUGCGAUAGAUCGCCUAAAAAGUGUUAAGAAAGAAGACUUUUGAAAGUUAAAAUUACGUAAAGAAUUCAAAGUUGAAAAUUCGAAAAAUUUAAAAGAUAGAAAUAAAAAGAAAAAAAUAUUCAAAAUGCAAAUGAAAGUUUUUGUAACCCUUGCCAUUCUUGCAUUCGUGAAGUUCUCAUCAGCACAAAGCGAUGCGAAGAUAAGCCUUUUAGAUCGUAAAUUCAGAACACGCGUUUCACUUCAGGACACUGCUUUCACAUUCGGCCAUGAAAUAGACGGCGUUGAAUUGGGAUGCUACGGCUACAUUAAGGAUGGUCGUCCUUUCAAAAUGUAUUACGUUUUCGAUGAAAAAGAUUAUCGUUUCAUCACAACAACGAUGCGAUUCCAAGUUCACCCACCAAGUGGCAAGAAACGAUUCGCUAUUCUUACUCCUCGUGGCCGUCAAGAUAAGGAGAAGACCACAUCUGAUGUGCUUCGAUAUCCCGAAGAGUGUCUGUAAAUUCAUUCGUAUCAUUCAAAGACGCACUGAAACACCUCAUAAGAAUCCACUUUUUUCCCCCACUCAUUCAUCGUGAUAUUUUUAAAUUUUCUUAAUCGAUAUUCUUGCCGAAAUCGAAGCAUAAGCGAAACAUUUGAUCCCACUUAUAGAUAUUUGGCAAGAAUUUUAAGCAAGCAAUCAAUUUAGCAGUUAAGAUAUUUGCAGAAUGCAAUGAAAGGUAUUUUUCAUAAAAAGAAAAGAUUAAUAAUUGGAGAAAUGAUAUUUAGUUGCUUAAGACAUGUAUCUAUUAGAUGUUGAUAAAUAUAUUUAUUUUACAAUUGAACAAUUAAA